UUACGUAAUAGCUUUAUACGGCGCAUGCGUAUGAGUGGAGGAAAAUGGCUGCCGAAGGGGAGGAAGGAGGGCUGUCAGGAGUAAAUCACGUGAUCCUAGUACUCUCUGGGAAGGGUGGAGUUGGCAAGAGCACAGUGACGACACAGCUUGCUCUGGGGUUGGUGGAGGCAGGGAAGAAGGUGGGGGUUCUGGAUGUUGAUCUCUGUGGGCCCAGCAUCCCUCGUAUGCUGGGACUGAGCGGAGCAGAUGUUCACCAGAGCUCCAGCGGCUGGAUUCCGGUGUUUGCCGACCAUGAUCAGAGACUAUCAGUCAUGUCCAUAGCCUUCCUCCUGGCUCAGGAAGACGACGCCGUGAUCUGGAGAGGACCCAAAAAGAACGCCAUGAUAAAGCAAUUUGUGACGGACGUGGUGUGGGGCAGUUUGGACUACCUCUUGGUGGACACGCCUCCAGGGACCAGCGACGAACACAUCUCAACACUGGAGGCUCUCCGCACUACAAACCCUGAUGGAGCUGUUCUUGUAUCUACUCCACAGGCAGUAGCUCUGUCUGAUGUCAGAAGAGAAGUAACAUUUUGCCGGAAGACGAAGCUCCCCAUCCUUGGCUUGGUUGAAAACAUGAGCGGAUUUGUCUGUCCGCACUGCUCCGUGAGUGUUGCUCAGUGUGCGGACCACAGCAUCUGUGAGUGCAGUGUUCAUGUUCUCCAGGAGUGCAGUAAUCUGUUCUCUACUGGAGGUGGAGAAUCUCUUGCACAGGAGACCAACAUACCCUUUCUCGGUCGAGUUCCCCUGGAUCCGCGGCUGGCUGCCUGCCUGGAGACGGGACUCAACUUCUCAGAGACCCACAGGGACACCUCUGCCAGCACAGCCCUCUCCAACCUCGUCCAGUCACUAAUUGAGAGAACCAACCCGCAAUAAUUAUUCAUUAUCGUUAAAAACACACCUCCUACAGUUUGUGUUUAUAAAAAUCCACAGAAAGAACAUGAAUGAUUUGAACUAGUGAUUUUCACAAAAAUCAAUGACAUACAAACAAAAAACUGACGUGGAAUAGAAAUGGAUGGAAUGAGAAUGGGGUUCUGGGAAUGGGACUAGAGCCAGACGGCCCAAUGGUAGGUGUCCAACUGGAACACCAGGAACAGAACAACCCCCACUGUGAAGAAGAGGACACCCACCACUGAGGGAGAGAUCGGGAGGUUGACCAAUUUAGCACUCAUUUUGAGGCUGGUGGUAUAGAGAACCAGGGAGUCGAGGUCGAGUUGUGGAGUAUCCAGGUAGCUGUACGGCCGAGACCGCACCUCCAGUCCCACCUUCUUCAGUCGAGCAGCUGCUCGAGUCACUCGCGACGCCUGG